AUGUCUGAACCCGCCACACAAGCAGCCCCGACUCAGGAAUUGCCCUAUCGCGAUGCAAUUCAACUAACUGACGAGAUGCGACAACAUUGUCACAUAUACCUCGAUGAGCAACUCUAUAUCGGUGCUCUCACCCUUCUAUCUGGCCUUGUCACUUCGGGCGCGUCUCAUCCCCAAUUACUAGCAAAGCCGACUUUUGCGCCUGAGCCCUUUCACAUCGAACUCAUCAGCGCACUUCUGAUCCACCCCCGCCAUACGAACCAAGCUCAUCCAAAUGAACGUCUUGAGCUUGCCUCGCGGUCUAUAACCUUUCUCCGGAACAUAUUAUCAAUACUAGGCCCGUUGAACGCGAGGCUCGGAGACGCGUUCUCGUUUUCUCCCAUCAACACCACCAGAUCCUCAAGGCGAAAUCGGAAUACCUUGGAGAACGACAGCGAUUCUAGUAGCUCAGAUGCCGAAGACAGGUCAGAACGAACGCGAGGGGUCAUCGCAAAUAAGGGCAGAUUACGAAGAUGCGCCAAAGAUUUCUGGCAUGUGGUGGGAUGGGCGCUCAACUGCAGUGUAAAGUACCCCAAGAGGUGGAAAUACUGGAAAGUAUGGCUUGACUUUAUGCUGGAUGUCUUGGAUGCAGACUGGAAGGAACGAGAGAGGCAAGAUGAGCUUGCCCGAGCCAAUGAAAAUAUUGGGCAGGAAGAGAAGCCCUUGUUAAGGAAAUGUUUGUUGGUUGAAUACCUGUCAGAAGCCAAAGGUCGAUCAAGUUCAAUGAAGCGUGUCGUUCGGUCUGCUUUUGCCGAUGGAAGCCCCGGCAGCUUGAAAGAAUUUCCAGAAGUCUUCCCGAACGAGACCAAGGAGCUAAAGGUCCAGAGUGGACAGAAGCGGAAAAGGGAAGAUCCUAGGAAGCAACACUUUGCCGCGUACGAUGAUGACGAUGCAGAGACCGCAAUGGAUUCCUCCGAAUUAACGGACCAAACUCCAGAGCCAUUCCAAGACGCUGAGAAUACCCUGGCCGCUGAUCCAUGGCUUGGAGGAACAGAGUCGAUCGCGCUGCGCCAACGCCUUCUUGCAACUUUUUCGCGCAUCGCGGCCAUUCUCCCCGAUUGCCUCACUGACUGUGUUGAAAUUUACGAUAUGAUCUACGAAUGUGUCAAACUUCUUCCCGUUCCCGCCUUCUCCCUUUACUUUUCGCCAUCCAGCUCGUCUCAGUUACCAAUCAUUGUUUUUGUAUCACUGACGCAGUUUCUUCUCCUACGCUUCCUUCCUGGCAGCGCACCGCGGCCUGAUUCCAUUGUAGAUAGGGAAAACGAUGACCUGUCGCAAGAAGUACUAGAGAAAUGCUUCCUCCCGUUCCCGGCAAACACUUCUUCGGUUGCUGAUAACGCGAAAGUUUCCAUACUUGUGGAAAGCCAAUUUCGACAAUUUUUGAAAUCUUGCAGAUGUUAUCACACUCCUACACUGGAUGCGGCGAUUGAAAAGGGAAUAUUGGCACGAGAGAGUAAAUGUAAAGGGGACAAGAGGAGAAAAGACGGCGGGGUGAGGGCCAAAGAUGAAGAGAGUGACCGGGAGUGGCUAAGAGCAAGUGGGGAGAGAUUAAGGAAUCUGCUUCUCUGGGUGGAACAAAACAAUGGGGGUGAUUGA